ACGCACUCCAAUUUGUUGUCAUAUCUAUAUUCUACACUACCAUAUAUCAAACUACUCUUUCACCCCUUCAAAAAUAGUACUAAAAGAAGAAGAAAGAAAAUCUUUGAGCACUUGAUAUAUUAAAGUUUCUUCUUCGUCGUCUAUCAAGUAGUUUGGGCAGAUGGCUAAAGAACGGUCGAUGGAGGCAACUCCCACUUGGGCAGUUGCCGUAGUUUGCUUCAUCUUGCUCGCUCUUUCCAUUUUCAUUGAACAAAUUAUUCAUCAUCUUGGAGAGUGGUUGUUGAAAAAACAUAAAAAACCUCUUUAUGAAGCACUUGAAAAGAUCAAAGCAGAACUGAUGUUGUUGGGAUUCAUAUCACUGCUGUUGACAGUGGUGCAAACCCCAGUUUCUAACUUAUGUGUGCCCAAGAGUGUUGGUUAUUCUUGGCAUCCAUGUAAGGCUGAUGAAGAUGCCAAGUCUAAAUAUGAUGACCCUUGUCUACCAAAGGGAAAAGUCCAAUUUGCAUCUUCAUAUGCAAUACACCAGCUCCAUAUCUUCAUCUUUGUCUUGGCAGUUGCUCAUGUAUUAUACUCUAUAGCAACUUUUGCUUUGGGCAGGCUAAAGAUGAGAAAAUGGAGGGCUUGGGAGGAUGAAACAAAAACAAUUGAGUACCAAUUCUACAACGAUCCAGAGAGGUUCAGAUUUGCAAGAGAGACGUCAUUUGGACGUAGGCAUUUGCAUUACUGGAGCAAGUCGCCAGUGCUACUCUGGAUAGUUUGUUUCUUCAGGCAAUUCUUCUCAUCAGUAGCAAAAGUUGACUAUCUAACCCUUAGACAUGGGUUCAUGAUAGCACAUUUAACUCCACAAAAUCAAGAAAAUUUUGAUUUCCAAAUAUACAUCAAUAGAGCAGUUGAAAAAGACUUCAAAUUUGUUGUGGAAAUAAGUCCAGCAUUAUGGCUCUUCACAGUACUAUAUUUUCUAACCACUACCAAUGGAUUGUACUCGUACCUUUGGGUGCCAUUUAUCCCGUUAGUAAUAAUAUUGCUAGUUGGCACAAAACUUGAAAUGAUAAUAGCAGAAAUGGGAGUAAGGAUUUUAAAGAGGGGAGACAUAGUGAGAGGUGUACCAGUGGUGGAGACAGGUGACCAUCUUUUCUGGUUCAACCGACCUGCCUUUGUCCUUUUCUUGAUUAACUUUGUGCUCUUUCAGAAUGCAUUUCAAGUUGCUUUCUUCGUUUGGAGUUGGUGGAAAUUUGGUUACCCAUCUUGCUUCCACCAGAAUGCUGCAGAUAUAGCCAUAAGGCUGACCAUGGGGGUGAUCAUACAGGUCCAUUGCAGCUAUGUGACUCUCCCUCUUUAUGCCUUGGUAACACAGAUGGGAACAUCAAUGAAACCUAUAAUCUUUGGUGAUAAUGUGGCAACAGCUCUUAGAAGCUGGCACAACACGGCGAAAAAGCGGGUGAAACAUGGCCGGCUAUCGGAAAACACCACCCCUGUCUCCAGCAGACCGGCCACACCGUUGCAUGGUACCUCCCCGGUUUACUUAUUACGCAGUUACCCACAAUAUAGUAAUGAGGAGAGUCGGACAUCCAAUGCAGAAAAUGAAAGCUGGGCUAAUGAAAUAUCAACCUCUCCUCGUAGACACAUUGAGAAUAUUAAAGAUGAUGAUCAUCAGGAGGGAGAAAUCCAUGCCUCCAGCUCGAUGCAACGUCCUCAUCCUGAUCAGCAUCAAGUUGAGAUUACAUUGUCAGAAUUCACAUUUGGCAACAAAACGAGUUGAGAUUACAUUGUCUGAAUUCACAUUUGCCAACAAAAUGAGUUGAGAUUACAUGGUUCAUACAUAUCUGCUUGUUGCGCCAAUUAUUGUAUGUCAGAAGACAUCUACUGAAAGCAUAUAUGAAAGAAAGGAAUUCAAGCA